AUGGCAUUGCGUGUGGAAGCGUCUGAUGAGCGAGUUGAUGACCUUCUACACAGGCUAUUUGAAUCCAAAGAAAUUGACAUGGCUAAAGGCGAUAAACUAGCAGCAGUUGAUCUUUGCGAGUGCAUUUUCAUGAGCACACAUAAGCGUUUUGAUGAUGGCAGUUAUUGUGUACAAAUACCAUUUACACCAGAUGCUCCACCACUUGGCAAUUCACAUCAGAUGGCACUCAGGCAAUUUCACCAGUUGGAACAAAAAUUGGCAUCCAACUCAGAGCUCAGGCAAACAUAUGUGGCUUUUAUGCGCGAAUACGAACAACUUGGUCACAUGCACCCUAUUAAGCAUCAUUCAGGCGAUCCAUCUCAGGCAUACUACAUUUCACAUAAUGCAGUCAUGGCAAAAUUCCGAGUCGUAUUCAAUGCUUCCGAAAAAACAUCGAAUGGCAUAUCAUUAAAUGAUGCACAACUCGCUGGCCCCCAAUACAGGAUUUAUUACUUAACCUUUUGCUUCGCUUCAGGCAGCAUCAGAUAG